UCAAGAAUUUAAACACAAACUGCAGCCUGCAGGGGAAAAUACAAUUAACGAGUUCAACGAUGUCUCUUAUAGUCACGUUGUUUGUGAUGACAUUGGUUACCCAGUGCUGGACAGCGCCACAGCGGAGAAACUGGACUCCUCAGGCGAUGUUAUACCUGAAAGGAGCACAGGGACAUCGCUCAGUGUUGGAGCGCACCAGCAGAGAGGAAGAUGACACUGUACAUUUAGUGACUCCAGACCAGAGCAGUGGUGGACUGGGGUUGUCUUUGGCUUCAUCCGUCCUUCUGGAGCUUCUGCAGCGAGCUGUGGUAAAAGGUGGAGGCACUUUGCGAAAUUACCCUGAUGAACAAGAGCUGAAUUUGAACUAUUUGUGAAGUGUUGUCCA